AUGGCUUCUAAAGAAAGUCAUCCAUGUAAAUCUGAAAAUUUUGAAAAAGCAAAGUGGAACAUUCCAUUGGAUACCAAAAUAUUACUAGACCUUUGUAUGGAUGAAAUCCGUAAAUGUGGAAAGCCAGGAACUGGUUUUAAGCAUAAGAAAUGGGAAGAAAUACGCGAAGAAUUCAAUAAACGUGCUAAUAGAAAAUAUAACCAAAAGCAGUUGAGAAAUAGAAUGGAUACUUUGAGAACGGAUUGGACCACCUGGAAACAAUUAAUUGGUAAAGAAACAGGUUUGGGCUGGAAUCACGCGACAGGAAAUAUUGAUGCUGAUCCUUCAUGGUGGGAGGCUAAGAUAAGGGAGAAUGUAAAAUAUGCCAAAUUUCGCUAUCAAGGUUUAGAAUUUCGUGAUGAAAUGGAAUUCAUAUUCGGGGAGGCAGUGGCAACAAGUCAAUACCAAUGGACACCGGCUUUGGGUGUUCCAUCUGAAUCUAAUAUCAAUAAUACAACGACAAAUGUGCCACAUGAAAUUAUUGAAUCUGAUGAUAGUGGAUAUAAUGAUGAAGACCUUACCCUUGUGGAAAAUACUCAAUUCAAAAAGAAAAGAAAGAUUGUGUCAAAUAUGGGAGAAAAGGCAGCAAAGGGUAGGGCAAAGGUUGGGACACCAUCAACAAUGAGAAAAACAUUUGAGCGAUUAGUUGAAGCAGCCGAAGAUCAUAAUGAUGUUGAAAAGGCUGGAAUUGCUGCUACAUCUCAUGUCCAUGGCCAAUACUCUAUUCCAGAUUGUGUUAAAUUAUUGAAAAAAGCAAAGGAUGAAGGUUUUUUGAAUAGUCAACAAUUUAGUUAUGCUUUAGAAAUGCUUAAAGAUGAACAAAAUAGAGUCUUGCUAAUUUAG